AUGUGAGGAGGGGCGGGUAUUUACCACAGCAUGGGUGGCUGCCACACAGCCAGCCAACCCCCAUAAACUGUAAGCUUUUGGUUCCUCCCCUAUUUCUCAGCUGUGCCUUCCUCUUCUCUCUUUUACUCCUUCCCUCCCUCUCUCUCUCUUUCUCUCUCUUUCUAACUCAGUCGUUACCUCCAGUUCCUCCCCCUAUCCCUCUUUUCUCCCUCCCCCUCUCCUUCUCUCCUUUCUGCCUCCCCCUCCCCUGCCUAUAACUUCCCACAGUUCAUUAGUCCGGCUCCAGCCGAGUUAAAACUUUAGAGCUCAGCCCAUCAGCGAUCCCUGGGAGGACCCUGCUCACACCUGUCCAGGCACACUCACCACACACACAGACACACGCGGAGACACACACACACAGCAGACACAGCAGACACAGAGCACAAAGCAGAGAGACACACUGUCACAGUCACAGUGUCCUUCACAUUGGCCCCGUACCUUGGUCAUUCCACGCCUGCGGCACCGAGGCAGCAGACUACACAAGCAAACCACGUACGCCAGCCAGACAGACGCACCAUGAGGUGACACAGUGACGACAAGUGAAGUCUCAACACACUGCCAGGAGCCAUGGCGACAGGGACAGAGAGGGAGACAGGGACGGGGAAGUGGAAGUCGGGGUGCCACCACCACCACCACAGUCACCGCCUGCCAAUUUGGGGUUGCCCAACACGGACAAUGGCCCCAUCACGGACACAUACACCGCUGCUGCAGCCACUUCUGCUGCUGAUGCUGCUGUCAUUACCACAGCUGGGGACGUGCCAGGAGAUGGCAUGUUCGUCUCCGCAGGUGCCCGAGGCUUUGCGCCAGCCCCGCUAUGGAGCCCUGGCCAGUCUGGACCUGAACAGUGGCUUCAUGACCGGGAUCGUGCAGUCUUUCCUGGGCCUGGUCCAGCCCAACCCGUUCCCCAAGGAUUUGGUGAUAGAUAUCAUAGAUGUCAUAGAAAGUGGUGUGCCAGAACAGGAGAUGAUAAAAGAGGUGCUGAUGUAUGAGAUCGGUUUCCUGGUGUGCGUGGCGAUCGGAGUUCUCUACUUCGUGCUGAUGCCCCUGAUUGGCUUCUUCCUGUGCUGCUGCCGUUGCUGCUGCGACAACUGUGGGGGUCACAUGUACCAGAAGCAGACCAGCAGCACCAACUGCAGGAGGAGGAGUCUGUAUUGGGCCACACUCGUCGUCACACUCGUCAUACUGGCAGGUAACAUCUGCAUGUUUGCGAGUAACGAGACCACCAAGCGUAGCAUGAAGGAGACGCCCAGUGAAGUCACCACAACAUUGGGAAACCUAAAAACAUACUUCAACAAUGUGCCAGAGCAAAUCUCCUUUGUGGUGAACGAGAGUUCCCGGACUGUGGACUCCGUUAGCAACAACCUUAACGAAAUUGGCCCCCUGCUGGGCAAGAAGAUCCAGGAUGCUGUGGAGGGGCCCCUAAUGCCGGCACUGCAGUCUGUCAGGACCCUGGCUCAAGUGGUGGACAAUACCAGUGCAGAGCUGACCCACCUGGACUCCAGUCUGGAUCGGCUCCAGUUGGACCUGAAUAAACUGCAGUCCAACCUGACGGCAGUACGAGACCGUAUCAACGCCACCCUCCAGAAACCCACAUGUGUGGGCUGCAGCGCCCUACAGGCCGAGCUGGACCAGCUGACUGUGGACACAACGCUCUCGACCCCAGACCUAACACCCCUGAUAUCAGCAGUGGAUGAGGCCAAGGACGCCAACCUGAACGGACUGGCAAACGAGGGUGAGACCUUCUUCAACACCAUACCAGAGCGAGUCACCAAUGAAACCAAAAGCACAGUGCAAGAGGUUAAGACUGAGCUGGACAACAUCAAGGUCCAGAUCUCUCAGGUGACAGAUGACAUGCCUCUAGAUGUUGUCAAUGACAUCUCAGCGUCCAUCAGUAAUGCACAGGACACGGUCGAUCAGUACACCCCAGAAGCAGAGAGGGCAGAAUUUUACAGGUGGAUCAUAGGUGUGGUGCUGAGCUGCGUGGUGCUGCUGGUGGUUGUGUGUAACCUGCUGGGUCUCUUCAUGGGCCCCUCGGGCCUCAACCCCAAGGCCAUACCCACCGAGCGAUCCUGUUCAUCCAACUGCGGAGGCAUCUUCUUCAUGGCGGGUGCUGGGUUCACCUUCCUGUUUUGCUGGCUCUUUAUGGUGGUGGUAGUGAUCCUCUUCCUGCUGGGUGGAAACGCCUACACCCUCGUCUGCAAACCCUGGAAAAGCCAGGAGCUCUUCCAGCUCAUCGACACACCAGGAGUGAUCCCAGGGUUUAACCUGUCUGCAUCUAUCGGCGUACAGACCCCCCUGACCGUCACAAGUGUUUUCAAUGACUGCAACCAAAACAAGUCUCUGUGGAGCACCUUUCACCUGGACGAGCUAGUCGAUCUCAACGAGUUCCUGAACGUCUCCAAGUACACUGAGGAGAUCAGGCAGAACUUCGAAAACACGGAUAUCUCCAUAUCAACGGUGACCCUACUUAGCCCUGAGACAGUUGCAAAGCUCGACAGCGUCAUUGCACAAACAGGAAGCAUCGACUUCAACAGCGUCAAAGAUCAGAUUGAUACAUUCUACACGUUUGGAGGAAACUUGACGUCCACCGCAGACAAGUUGGACCAGCUGGCAGAUAGACAGAGUGACCCAAAUGUUCAGACGGAGCUGCGUCAGGAGGCCACUGACCUGAGAGGCAUCAGUGGUGAAUUCAACAACACUAUCCAGCCACAACUGCUGGAUGUCAAGUCCUCAAUUGUACGUAUGGAAGGCAUUGUCCUACAGAUCAAUGUAAGUACCGACGCAAUGGUGUCUCUCCAAUGCAUUCCCCAGGAGACAGUGCGGAAGGUGCUGCAGAAGGUCGGGGCAGCUGAGAGCUUCCUAAACAGCAGCACAUCCGCCAUAGUGAAGAACGAAAGCAUGGAAUUUCUGGACUGCCAACUCAAAUUCUUCACCGCCUUCGCAGAGUGGGCCAACGUGACGAUCACACAGCAGCUGGGGCGCUGCGGUCCGGUUGCCCAGGCCAUCAACUCGGCAGAGGCCAUCGUCUGCACGCACCUGGUUGAGUCCAUGAAUGCCUUCUGGUUCAGCCUGGGCUGGUGCCUGCUCUUCCUCAUCCCCAAUGUCAUCCUGUCCAUCAAGCUGGCCAAGUACUACCGCCGCAUGAAGGACGCAGACGUCUACGAGUACGAGAACCCCAUACCACUGACAUCUUUCCCACGUGCCCAAAUGAUGAAGCCCUACUGAAAAUCUUGCAUAGAAACUUGGAGAGGAGAGGAGGCCACGGGGAUUGGGGAGAGGAGAGGGAAAGACAAUGAAAAUGAGGCGAGAAAAGAAGAGAAGAGAAGAGAAGAUGAUGGGAGGACAUUAGAUGGGGUGACGAGGAGGGGAGAAGAGAGAGGAGGAGAGGAGAGGAGCCUAAAUGGUUUCAGCAUCUCUCCAUUCAUCCUCAGGGAAGUGAACAUGGCUGCCCCCUUCCUGUACAAUGCAGCUUUACACACAACAGAGACUUGAAGUGCGUUUUAAUAUGAGACCUUGCCUCCUCCACUUGCGCUUGUCUCCUCGCCCCGCCUCCUGGCCCCUCCUCCGUGGAGAAAAGUUUGCCAGCUGUCAGCCUAGCCACAACAACUUUUGAGGGACUGUUUUUCAUUCACCAUAACAAUUGCACACGAGAAAAAGACUCAACAAUUGAACUUUUGCAAGAUAUAGAAAUAAAAUGCUGCUGUCAGUGAUGUCAUCAUGACGAGAAGCGAGUGGAGGAGGCAAGGUGGCAUAUUAAGAUGCACUAUUGAACUCUAUGUACAAGGAUACAGGCUGAUUACUCAAUGACAUCAACACCCACACUAUACACUCCACACACUGACAAGUAGACAAGUGCUACGCAAUAUUCCACCUCACGUCCCAAAAAAAAAAAAGCCAUUUCAACUCUUGCACAUUUCAUAGAGGUCCAACAAGCGAUAUUUUCACUGAGGCGUGCCAUUUGCAACUACAGAGCCACAACAUGGUUCCAACAGUAUCAAUAGCUUCCCUUUAGUUGUAGAGGGAAGUGCUCUUGCCAUACAUAGGAUGUUUUGUCACAUCUCGACAUUGUUUGUAAAUUAGCUCUCUUUUCUGAUUUUGCACAGAUGCAUUGAUUAUUUUUUGUACAAUUAGUUCUACUUUUCUAAUUACGAUUGUACAGGUAUGAUGACUGAUAAACUGUUGAAAUUGUUGUUUUGUAAAAAAAGAAAAGAAAAAAAGAUUAUUCCGAUGAACAUUUCAAAGCACUUUACUUUGACCCUAGUAACAUAACUUUGUUUUGUUAGGACGUCAAGGCAAGUGAAGUGUUGUGCAAAGAUACUGUAUUAAAAAUGGGUACUACUGAUCAUUGAAACAA